CGAUACAAAUAUGAGUAGUCAGUUCGACGACGAUAGCCGCGACCGAAGCGAGUAUAAAAGCAAGUCGCCCACCGUGCUUUCCUCGUACUGCAUAGACAGUAUACUGGGCAGAAGAAGCCCGUGCAAAGUCCGACAACAGGGAGCGCAAAGUUUGCCAGCACCCGUCAGAGCGGACCACGACCACUCAACUGAAGUCACCUCUAAAGAAAACUCAUUUGACUCGGACAUGCACCUGCCGCCCAAACUACGCCGGCUCUACGGCCCUGGGGGGAAGUACCUGGACUCCGGGAGGGGGUUUCAUGAGCACCUAGAGAAGGGUGAGAGGGAGAGAUUCCUGGACCAAGCAUGUGAGAGUCUCAAAAUCAGCCAGGCACCACAAGUCAGCAUCAGCCGUAGCAAGUCGUACAGGGAGAAUGCGCCCUUCAGCCAGAGCGAUGAAGGCCAAAGCCCCGAGCACACAGCCCAGGAGCUGGUGGAACUCAGUACUCUGAAGUUUGAAGAGGACGUUGUCAAAGAGGAAGCGUGCGGAGAGGCUAGUCUGUCACCCAAGGAUGAAGAGAGCCUGCACAACGAUGGGGAUGUAAAAGAUGGAGAGGACAGUGUGUGCAUGUCGGCUGGUAGCGACUCAGAGGAGGGCAUGCUUAAAAGGAAGCAGAGAAGAUACAGGACUACCUUUACCAGCUAUCAGCUUGAGGAACUGGAGAGGGCCUUCCAGAAGACACACUACCCUGACGUGUUUACCAGAGAGGAGCUCGCGAUGAGGCUGGAUCUCACAGAAGCGCGCGUGCAAGUUUGGUUUCAGAACCGAAGAGCAAAGUGGAGGAAACGUGAGAAGGCAGGUGUCCAGGCUCACCCCACAGGCUUACCCUUUCCUGGGUCACUGGCAGCCGCUCACCCCCUAAGUCACUACCUGGAAGGAGGGCCAUUCCCACCUCACACUCACCCGGCUCUGGAAUCAGCAUGGACCGCUGCAGCUGCAGCGGCUGCUGCAUUCCCAGGCCUGGCCCCACCACCCAACAGCUCUGCCCUCCCUCCUGCCACACACCUCGGCCUAGGGACCUUCCUGGGUACAGCAAUGUUCAGGCAUCCAGCGUUCAUUGGACCCACAUUUGGCAGACUUUUCUCAAGUAUGGGUCCUCUGACUAGUGCUUCCACGGCCGCUGCUCUUCUGCGGCAAACUGCACUGCCAGUGGAGAGUCCAGUGCAGUCACCCGCAACCUUGCCAGAACCUUCUUCCUCCUCAUCCUCUAUGGCAGCAGACCGCAGGGCAUCUAGCAUUGCAGCUCUGCGUCUCAAAGCAAAAGAACAUUCAGCCCAGUUGACCCAGCUAAACAUCCUGCCAUCCAGCACUGCAGGGAAGGAAGUGUGCUGAUCCUUCUCCUUAAAAACAAAAAAUAUAUAAAAGAAACCAUCUCAAAAAGAAGCAUGACCAAAUCCACAUAGCACUAGCACUCUGGAGAUCCAUCCGACAUUGAAGUCAUCACAUAAUCACAGUGUCUCCCAUUGGACAUCCUUACCUAUUUCACACAGUGAAGCAAACACGUUUGCCCUCUGUUUAAAACAGGGUAUAAUAAGAGUGUAAGGUAAGUUAGACAGACUGUGCUUGGAACCGUCAUUAAACCCAGGUCAGCAGGAAGUGUUGUAAAGACACACAAACACACACACACACACACUGCAAUACACACAGAAUCCAAUCUCUUAGUCUUCUCUCAGUGCUGAAGCAGUGAUGGGUCAAAUAUGCCAAAGGGAACUGCCACAACCUGUGACCCUAACCUGACUUUUAUCAGUCCUGAAUCACUCAUUCAUGUUUGGCAUCAUUAAUGGAAAAAUAACUUCUGAAAAUUGAUACUCAGCUUUUCUUUCUGUUGGUUUCCAACUCUUAUGUUAAAUAUGAUAUUUAGGAGAAAAUAAUGAAAAAAAGAAAUGUAAUGUUUUAAGGAUGAAUAAUGGGAAAUUUUUAAACUUAAGCCUGUUUACUGGUCUGUUAAGGAUAUCCUGUACAUAGAGCUCUGGUAAAAAGGGAAUGAAAAGUGGACAAAGGACAAGGGAAAAAAAGUUCAUUUCAAAACAUGUUUUGAGAAUUUGCUCUCGGUGUAGUACUGUAGAAAUGGUUUCGAGUAGAUUCAUCCCAUGUUCGUUUGAUUAAAAUUUUUGAUUUUUCGAUGAUUAUUUAUGUUU